AUGAAUAAUGCAUAUGGAAGUGCACUCGCUUCGAAUGUAAGUUCUGGUAAUUUAACGAAAUUUUGGUUAAUAUAUGAUAAUAUUUAUUUUACAACGAAUGCUGAUUUUAUUAGUAUUGUUUUAAAGAAUCCAUUUUUUAAUCUAAUUAAAUCUGAAAUCAAUAUUCGUUCAACUGAAUCAACACAACAAGAAUUAUUUCCAUUCAUAUUUGAACUCCUUUUUAAACCAAGUUCAAGUGUUAUUGCUAAACUUGAUCCAUUAUUUUUAAAAAGUUCUCUACAUUUUAAUCAAUCGAUUAUUUGUUUGCAUAUUCGAACAGGAAAAAGUUUAGCCUUACCAGGCGAUUCUCAAAUUCCACAUCGACAAUCAAUUGUUCAAGAUAUGAUAAAUUUUAUCGAUAAAAAUCUAAGUCAACCAUAUUCAUCUAUAUUUAUUACGAGUGAUUCAGAUCAAAUUCAACAGCAUAUUCAUCAACAUUAUGGUGAUGAUCGAGUGUUAAGUGUAAACGGUCCAAUCAUUCAUAUCGAUCGGUUUAUCCAAAAAACACCAUCAAACGAAACUCUUUAUCAUGGUUUUCUUAAAGUAAUAGCUGAUUUCUACUUUCUAGGUGAAUGUGAUACACUUCUUAGAGCUCGAAGUGGUUUUAGUGAAUGGGCAGGUCGUCGACGAUGGAAUGAAUAUUCAAAUUUAUAUGUUUAUUGUCGUGGAAUAUAUCGAAUGAAAAAUCAACAAUGGCGACGCCCACAUCAUCAGUGUUAA